AUGGAUCUUGUUGUAUACAUUUUAAUGGAAAAAGUGGUCGUUCAUCAAGAACGAAAUUUACAACAAAUUUAUUCUGGGGUUGAAAAGCCAGAGUGGAUUAAAAGCUUUAAGUCCGAAUGGAAGAAACUGUCUGGUCAACCGAUAAAUCACAGAUUUGGAUCGAUGGAUAUGCGGAUGCCCAUAUUAUCUAACCAGCUUUGUAAACAUCAAAAGGGAAUUCUUCAACCUCCUUUUUUGAUGGAAACUGUGGCGUCAACUGAUACAAAUAUUUACAUCACACCAAAUAUUGGACAGUUGGCUGAUGCAAACAAUAACAUCACAUCGAAUGUGAAGACGAUAAUAGACGUGCUUCAUUUGACGAAAUAA